ACUAAAAUGCGAAUAAUCGAGAGAGAGAGUUUUCUUCCAUGUUUGUGGCCAGAAAGAAACGAAUUCUAUUGAUCAGUGAAGACAGAAUCGAAAUUUAUGAUAAAGGAAAGCUAGAAAGGAAACCCAUUUAUGAUUUAUCGUUCUUCCAUUAUCGGAAUGACAGUUUGAACUUUGAACAACUAUUGGAUACAUUUCGAGGGAAAGUUGAAAUCCAGAAUAAGGUUUCAACUUUUCCCGCCAUUAACAGAUGCUCGAGCUCGGGUUUACACAGCUUAGCCCCCUUCUUCGUACAACAACCCAACUCAGAUGCCAAUCUCUUCUUCCCAAAUUCCAACGCCAAUCCCACUUCUCCCUUCAACUAUUUUCCCGACGAUCGUUGAUUUCUCAGUUUCUCGCAAAUCGCGCAUUUGGGAAUCGAAAAUUCUGCUUGUAUUCUUCGACUUCACCGGGAUUUUCUUCGCCCGAUGACGAAUUCGAUGGCGAAUUGGACCGAUUGCUGGUGCUAUUGCCUGAAGAAAUGAGGCGCAGAAUAAGGGAGCAUGAGGAGUGUCACCAACUGAUCGAAGUGGUCUUGGAUUUGGGUCGGAAACCAUUGGCUCGGUUUCCUACUGGAGAUUUCGUGCUGUCGGAUUCUCAGAUAACUGUUGAUGAUCUACGGCAUGCUACUUCCAAGGUUGGUGACUUUGCUAUUGACAAUAGAGCCGGCAUUAGUAGAACAUUGCAUCGGAUCAGUGCCAUCAGGAAUCGGAAGGGUGCAAUUAUUGGUCUAACUUGUCGUGUGGGUCGCGCUAUAUCUGGCAGUGCUAUCUUGCUGAGGGAUCUGAUUCAAGAUGGAUCCUCUUUGUUACUCAUUGGGCCUCCAGGGGUGGGAAAAACCACAAUUAUUAGGGAAAUAGCUAGGAUACUUGCUAAUGAUUACAAGAAGCGUGUGAUGAUUGUGGACACCUCCAAUGAGAUUGGUGGUGAUGGUGAUAUACCUCAUGCAGGAAUUGGCAAUGCUCGUCGUAUGCAAGUUCCAGACUCUGAUAUGCAGCACAAGGUUUUGAUCGAAGCAGUUGAAAACCAUAUGCCUCAAGUAAUUAUUAUUGAUGAAAUUAGCACAAAACUUGAAGCCAUGGCUGCAAGCACCAUAGCACAACGUGGUAUUCAGUUAGUUGCAACCGCUCAUGGAGUUACAAUUGAAAAUUUGAUCAUGAAUCCUUUGCUGGAGAUGCUUGUUGGAGGAAUACAGAGUGUAACUCUUGGGGAUGAGGAGGCAAGCCGGAGACGUGUUCAAAAGACUGUGCUGGAAAGAAAAGGACCUUCAACAUUUACUUGUGGGGUAGAGAUCAUAUCAAAGACUGAGUUGAGAGUUCAUCGUAGCCUUGAUGCAACUGUUGAUGCCAUUCUUUGUGGUCGCUUUCCUAAUGUUGAAGUUCGAAAGAUAAAUUCUACAGAAGAGAAAGAAACUAUACAAAGUGAGACUUUGAUUUCCACUUUCUCCCAUAAGAAGGAUGAAGUUCCAGUUAAUGCUUCAGAUGUGUAUUAUGGGAAUGGUUGCCAGGACCCCAGUGAGAUAACUUCUGAGGUCCUUCCAAUUGUGGAAGAAUCCUCUGAAGAUGAAAAGUUUCCACUUCACCUGUUUGUCUAUGGGGUACUGGAAGCAAGUGUGAACCAAGGAUUCAAGCAAUUAAGGAUGAAUGAUGUGGCCAUCCAUUUUACUGACAAUAUCAGUGAGGCAGAUGCACUUCUUGCCUUGCAAUCCAAGCUUAAAAAGAAUGCUGGGAUUCAAGCUGCUGCGAAAUCUCACGACAUACCUAUUUACGUGGUUAAGACUGGUUCAUUAGUUCACAUCACAAGGGCCUUAAGGGCACUAAUUAUUGAUCAGGAAGAUGAGGAAGAAGAUUUUGAAUCAUUGGGCAGGAUAAAAUCCUCAGAAAAGAUUGAUGCUUUGGAGGAAGCUAGAAUGGCCAUUGAGCAGAUAGUUAUUCCAAAAGAAGAGUCUGUUGAGCUCCUCCCUAGGCCACCUCACAUCCUGUCUCUUCAGAUGGACCUUAUCCGGAAGUAUCAUCUACAAUCGGAGAGAACUGGAACGGAACCGAAUUUGCGUCUCCGUAUCCUACCGUUGAUUGCUAACAUGGAUGAAAAUGUCAAGAAUGUUGGAAAAGUUGAUCCUUCUACUGAGUUCGACGACUUCAUUGGUUCCAAUGGCGACACAAAUGGAUCUCUAUACAGCGUGGACAGGUUACCGUUACUUCCCGAAUAACUUAUUGAUGCCUAAAAUUAAGAUUAGCUUGUACCAAACAUGUAAAUGCUAGGUUACAAUUUCAACAGAACGCUUUGACAUGCUCAUAACUGUGAGUUGCAUGAUUGUAUUUCUAUCUGAUGUAACAACUCAUUAGUGAUUCCAUAGAUAUGGCAGAAAAUAAGUUUUGUUUAGCGUCUCUUUUCAACUACAUCGAGUAUAUGUAACCAAGUUUGUGGAUAUGAAGCAACUGAAUGCUUCAAAUUGAAAAGGAAGUCUGGGUAUUACUCCUUUCCAUUGA